CUCUGCGACACAACAAGCGUUCCCCCUCAACCACAAGCUGGCAGUUCCCACGCCCAUCUCUGCUUCCCACCUUGUCUUCCCUCAACCAAAAGCUGCGUGAGUAAGCUGGGCAACAUAUCCAGACGAUCUCCCUCUCCCGCGAUCGAUUGACCAGACAAAAAGAACCUCAUGCUUCCUACAGAUACUUCCUAGGAGGAAAUGAAAGGCGGAUUUCUUCACAGGCUUCUUGUCGAAAAGCCAUGGUUGGGUCCUGUCGUCUUCCUCCUCGGCGUCGCCACUGUUGUUUUGGCGUUGCUGGGUGGAUCUCCAGUCCUUACUAACUUCAGCAUAACGCCAGAGCAACGGCAAGCUUUCUCCCGAGGCUUAGGUGUUCUACAGCGGCAAGGGCAGCAGCAUCCUGGAAAUGAUUCAACAGGAGGUCCAGUUGGGUCUCCAGGUCCAACUUAUGACGACAGUCGCAUCCACGAAACUACAGCAACGCGGGGUGAUGGUUUUCUACAACGGCAAGAGCAGCGGCGUCCCGGGAAUGAUGUAACAGGAAAUUUAGUUGGGUCUCCAGGUCCAGCUUAUGACGACAGUCGCAUCCACAAAAGUACAUACAAGCAGGGUGAAGAAUGUAACUAUGCAAAAGGCAAGUGGAUAGGAGAUGAGAAGCGGCCACUCUACUCCGGUUAUGAGUGCAAGCGAUGGCUGCCAAAAAAAUACAAUUGCGACGCGAUGGGUCGGACAGAUUUAUCGUUCGAGGGCUACAGGUGGCAGCCAUAUGGUUGUAAGAUGCCGGAGUUUUCAGGGCUGAACUUUUUGAAUAGGAUGAGACACAAAACUCUAGCUUUUGUGGGUGAUUCGCUUGGUAGACAGCAGUUUCUGUCUAUGAUGUGCAUAGCUACAGGCGGUAAACGCCCUAAGGUUGAAAAGGUUGGGCGGAAAUAUGGUCUUGCCAAAGUUCCACAUGCUCCAAAAGGUCACACCUUGGCUUAUCGAUUUCCAGGAACUAACACCACUGUUCUUUUCUAUUGGUCUGCUAGUCUAUGUGAAUUGGAGCCAUUGACGAACACGACAAGUUUGUCGACAAGCUACGCACUGCAUCUUGAUCGUCCAGCAAGAUUCUUGAAGAAGUAUCUCCAUAGUUUUGAUACCCUUGUUCUCAACACUGGCCAUCACUGGAACAAAGUGAAAUUCAGUCAAAAUAACUGGGAGUUGUAUGCUGAUGGCAAGCCUCUAGUAAAAGGUACGCUGCCGGAAGACCUCAGCCCAUUCAGGAACCUUAGGCUGCACAACAUCGUAAGAUGGCUGGAUUCAGAACUCAUACAUCGUCCUCAUAUGAAAGUUUUCCUGAGAACAAACUCACCAAGCCAUUUUCUACAUGGCGACUGGAACACUGGGGGUAGCUGUAAUAGUACCACCCCGUUGUCUAGUGGAAGCGAGGUCUUCGGGGACCAUUCAGGUGACCUACCUGCGGAGCAUGCAGUAACUGGAACUCGGGUUAAGCUUUUGGAUAUUACUUCUAUCUCACAACUACGAAGCGAAGCCCAUGUGGCAGAUCAUACUUUGAACUCACAAAGUGUCAAAUACGAUUGUUCGCAUUGGUGCCUACCUGGUAUCCCAGACACUUGGAAUGAAAUCCUCUUUGCACAGAUUUAGGUUCUCAGCCACCGUUUACCAUGCCUAGGCCUGUGUAUGCCACGGUUUUUUAGAAGUGUGUUGCUCCCAUGUCAUAGACACAAUAUUUUGUCAUUUUUUUUCACACUUGUGGCUUCGGUUUAAUCUUCCAACAAGCCUCAGUGCCUAAGCUUUGUUGCGGUAAAAUCUGGGGUAUUGCAACCUCCAAGGUCAUGGCAAAUGGAGAGAUCGAGAAUUACUCCUUUCAAUGGUGGCUAGCGUUUGGUGAAUGUUUGCUUCCCACACUUUUUGUUUCAGUUUGUUUCUCACACUUCUAUGACAAGCCUCACAAUGCUUAAGUUUUGUUGUGACUUAGUAAUAUGGUAGUUUUUUGUGAGAUAGUAAUAUAGUAGUUCAGACACUACUGUACGAACAGAAAUGACCAAUGCAGUGUUUGGUGAAUGUGUGCAUGCCAUGUUACAUGCACGGCUGAGUGAUGGGUUUUGUCACAUCUGCUUGUAGACAAAUGAGUAAUAGCAGAAUCUGUAAUCAUUAAUCAUUAGCAUCUUGAAAUAAGAACCUCUUGGUGAUCUGAUUUGGAAUA